AGUUGGCCUCAGUCAUUCGUCGACUCUCUGCACGUGCGUUUGGGUUAGCUAUAUAGCUCAUAGCUCACAGCUCCUCAUCGGAAUAGGGAAUCGAAGAUCGGGAAGUGGGAAUCGCAGGUCUGCCACGUUUGUGCGCCCAAAAAACAUCCAUCGAUCGAAGAAGUAAACACUGCGUUAUUUUCGGUGCUGGAUAUUUAUUUUCGAAACAGGCCCCUCUAGGCAAGUGCUCAAGAGUGCAAGAUACAAAAGUAUACGCGUAUCCGAGAGAUACAAAUGUAUCUGCCCCACCUAGGAAACAAUCCAUACCCAUCCUAGGCUGCUCAUCCUACUGGAACACUAUUAAUUAGCUCGAAAAAAAGCGUUUUGCAGUGCGAGAAAGCGGAACAUUUAAUGAAAAUGCAAAUGCAAUUGCUUGUGUUUAAAUUCCAUUGAAGUGCCCUUCUGUACAAACCAAUUUGUUGUGACGGUGCAAAAGUACUUUUGGGGAAUUUUAAGUGGGUCUUGCGACUCGUAUUGGAAUUCACCCGAAUCUCAAGUACUUACCAUACAGUUCCGCCACUGCUGAUAAUAAAAUAAUUACUUGUAUGCCCAACCACAAGUGAGCUACGUUUUCAUUUUCGUUUUCGUUUUCCGAUUUCGAAUUUCGCUGGCGCGGGUAAAUAUUUACCAAAGAGUACAAGAAAGUGUACAGUGAAAAGUUCGUAAAUUACCGGCAAUUUGGCACACACAUGUAGAAGCAGAACAAAUUUAUUAAUUACCUGCCAGUUGGAUAUUAAUUUUUGAGUUUCGAUAGCAUUAAGCGCUGAGCGAGUGCCACUUUAACCGCCAGCAACCAAUGUCCUGAUUUUACUUUGCCCAAGAACCGACGGAGGGAUACCUAUAUACACAAUUAGCCACAUUGGAUGGGUCGUCGGAAUAGGCUUCCAAAAGUUUUGUCCCGCACACGGAAACCGCAGAGGAAGUUCUAGACAACAUCUUCCCGGGGCGAGGAGCCCGAAAUACAACCGGCGAACAAACAAACACAGGCCCAGAUGUCGGACACAAUCUCCUUCGAGUUGGGCUCGGCAGCCGACCGACCCCCCAAUAGGUUUCAAGUGAACCCGGUCAACGGCAACAGUCGCAAGACACAAAGUUCGGGUUCGGAUGGCCCAGAAUCAGGAUCGGAGGUAGUAGCAGGAACAGGAGGAGCAGGAGAGGAUGGGCCCCAUGAAGUCUACCGUCGCCUUACGAACGCCGAGGGCGAGCUACUCGAGGACGACACAUUCGAUGCCACACAAAUGCUCAACCAACACCAGCCCAGGCAGCAGAGGCAAUCCAUCAAAAGCAGUUUCCGCGACAAAGAUAAACCUUCGCGGUUCAAGGACCUGCAGACGACGACCCGCUUCCAGGUGGACCCGCAAAAUGAGGAGUCGGACGAGUCGAACGAUUCGCAGGAGGAGCGCGAGCUGCUGGACAACGAGUACGACACAAAAUAUGGUAAAAGUUUCCGGCAUUUUACGCGAGAGGCGUUACCACGUUUGGAUAAUUAUCGUAACAUGAUGUCCAUUCAGGCCGCCUACCGUCCAACGCUCGACGAGCUGCACAAUGCCACGCUGACGGGCAAGAACACGCACAGCUUGACGCGCAAUCAGGACCCGGAGGCGGGCAUUAUGAACGGGGUCCUGAAAUUCGGCUGGAUCAAAGGUGUGCUCGUCCGCUGCCUGCUGAACAUCUGGGGCGUGAUGCUGUUCCUGCGUCUCAGCUGGGUGGUGGGUCAGGCGGGCAUCAUCGAGGGAUUCCUAUUAAUACUGACAACGACUGCUGUCACGACCAUCACGGCCUUGUCGAUGUCGGCGAUAAGCACUAAUGGUGUCAUCAAAGGAGGUGGCACAUACUACAUGAUAUCCCGGUCUUUGGGUCCCGAGUUCGGCGGCUCCAUCGGUCUGAUUUUCUCGCUGGCGAAUGCGGUGGCGUGUGCCAUGUAUGUGGUCGGCUUCUGCGAGUCCAUGCUGGCCAUGAUGACGACCUUCGAGUGGGAAAUCGUGGACGGCGGUGUUCAGGACGUGCGCAUCAUAGGUUGUAUCACCAUCCUGCUGCUGCUGAUAAUUGUGGUUGUCGGCAUGGAAUGGGAGGCAAAGGCCCAAAUCGGACUACUUAUCAUCCUGCUGGUGGCCAUUGCUGACUUUGUCAUUGGCAGUUUCAUUGGACCCAAAAGCGAUCUGGAACUUUCCAAAGGAUUCUUGGGUUACAAUGCAACUCUGUUUAAAAAUAAUCUAUUUCCCGACUAUCGUCAGGAGAAGGGUGGUGUUCAGCACGAUUUUUUCUCAGUAUUUGCCAUUUUUUUCCCUGCGGCUACGGGCAUUUUGGCUGGAGCUAAUAUCUCGGGAGAUCUGAAGGAUCCUCAAAAAUCCAUUCCCAAGGGCACGAUUCUAGCUAUUGUCAUCACCACCGGAACCUAUUUAAUCAUGGUCCUGCAGUGCGGAGCCACAGUGGCUCGUGAUGCCACUGGCAAUUUGUCUGAUGUGGUUAAUGGCUCCUUCGCCUUCCUCGACUGCCAGCCGGGCGAAUGCAGUUAUGGUCUGCAGAACUCCUUCCAGGUGAUUGAGUUGGUUUCUGGCUUUGGUCCUCUGAUUUACGCCGGUUGCUAUGCUGCCACACUUUCCUCUGCACUGGCCAGUUUGGUUUCCGCACCAAAGGUUUUUCAGGCUCUGUGCAAGGAUGAACUGUACCCGAAGAUUGUUUGGUUUGCCAAGGGUUACGGCAAGAACAAUGAACCAGUUCGUGGCUAUGUACUAACUUUUAUCAUUGCAUCCGCCUUCAUAUUGAUUGGAGAACUGAAUCUGAUUGCCCCGCUCAUAUCGAACUUUUUCCUCGCCGCCUACAUGCUGAUCAACUUCAGUACCUUCCAUGCCAGUCUGGCCAAGCCAGUGGGCUGGCGACCAACCUUUAAGUAUUUCAACAUGUGGCUGAGCCUGCUGGGCGCCAUUCUCUGCGUGGCCGUGAUGUUCCUCAUCUCAUGGGCCACCGCACUCAUCACCUUUGUGGCGGUGCUGGCUCUGUACUUAAUCGUGGCCUACCGGAAGCCGGAUGUCAACUGGGGCUCCACCACGCAGGCACAGACGUACAAGAAUGCCCUGAUGUCGGUGCAGCAGCUGAACAAUGUGGAGGAGCACGUGAAGAACUAUAGGCCGCAGAUUCUGGUUCUUUCCGGCCUGCCCAACACUCGACCUGUCCUCGUGGACCUGGCUUACAUGCUCACCAAGAAUUUAUCGCUGCUCGUGUGUGGCCAUGUGCUUCGGGGCUCGAGUUCCCAGAAAUACAGGACCAAUCUGCAGGAAAGGGCGUCCAAUUGGUUUCGCAAGCAUCGCGUUAAGGGCUUCUAUGCCUUGGUGGAUGGUGAGGACUUCGAGUCGGGCACGAGGGCCCUAAUGCAGGCCACGGGAAUCGGAAAGCUGAAGCCAAACAUUAUCCUGAUGGGCUACAAGACUGACUGGCAGACGUGCGAUCGCAAGGAGUUGGUGCAGUACUUCAACGUGAUGCACAAGGCGCUGGACAUGUACCUUUCGGUGGCCAUCCUGCGAGCUCCCCAGGGUCUGGACUGUUCGCUGCUGCUGGGUUCCCAGGAUGGCUGGAAGCCCUCUUCCGAAGUGCCACGCACCCUGCAGCCAAACGAGAGUUCCGGCGACUUGCAGGCCGUGGACAACAAUGCCCGGAAUGCUUUGGGCGGCAGCAUUGACUCGCUCAGCAGGAAUGUGUCUCAAGAGGACCGAAACCGCAACCAGCUGGUCCACAGCGAGCAGAACAGCCUGAAGAUAGUCAAAAUGCGCUUCAAGCAGAGCCUGCGGAGAAUCCGCUCCUGGCCAGGUGCAGCCUCCAGCACGAGCGACCUGUCAUUCAUUGCGGGCAAUCAGGCGAAGGAUGUAUCCGGCAUGCCCGAUCCGUUGGACACAAAGUCUGCAAAUCUUGUGAACAACUCACUGCGCAAGUCGAAGCUGAAGCAUGAUGACCCAGCCUCCCUGUACAAGGGUCCUGGUGGCACGGAGCUGCCCAAAGAGGUCCUUUCCGAUCUCACCCUCUUCACCAGGAAGCGCAGCCACGCCGUCAUCGAUGUCUGGUGGCUGUAUGACGACGGAGGACUCACUCUCCUGCUGCCGUACAUCAUCAGUACUCGGCGCACCUGGCAAACGUGCAAAUUGAGAGUUUAUGCUCUUGCCAACAAAAAAGCUGAGCUGGAGUUCGAGCAACGCUCCAUGGCCAGUUUGCUAUCCAAGUUCCGGAUCGACUACUCAGACCUGACAUUAAUUCCGGACAUAACGAAGAAGCCGCUGGAGUCAUCUACGCAGUUCUUCAACGAGCUGAUCAAGGACUUUGUUGUGGCCGAAAAGGAGGGCGAGAAUGGAAGCAGCAGUCGGGCGACCCUUAAUGAGGAUGAGGCCCUGAUAACCGAUGAUGAUAUGCUGGCGGUGCAGGACAAGACGAAUCGAUACCUUCGCCUACGGGAGUACCUGCGCGAGCAGUCGACCAAGUCGGAUCUGGUGGUGAUGACGCUGCCGAUGCCCCGCAAGAACAUCGUCUCGGCGCCGCUCUAUAUGGCCUGGCUGGAGAGUCUGAGCCGGGACAUGCCACCAUUCCUGUUCGUGCGCGGCAACCAGACCAGCGUGCUGACCUUCUACUCGUAGGAUCAGGAUCAGGAUCUGCAGUCCGGAUGGGAUCUAUUGUAUUCUACUUACACCUACCGACACCCACACACUCUCACCUUUAUUGUUAGGCGAACGAGUAUUUUAUCUCUUAGAAGUACCACCCAUGUACAUAAAUUUAGGGACACCCAACGGAACGCACAGAGGCACUUUCAGCGGCGGAGGGAUCGGGAAUUGUCUGAUGGCCCACUACAGCUGUUUCAUAUUAUUUAAUGAGAGGGCUGCCUUUCCCGGUCCAUCUCGGCGUCGUCAAUAUUAACAUUUGUCCUAGCUAUCGAGUUUAAAUCAUAUUUAAAUACAGUGCAAAUAAUUUUUAAA